GGAGGGCGAGAGAAAGCGCGCUGCGUGCGGCCCCGCUGCCCAGAGAGCCUGCCAGCAGCGCGCCCUCGGCGGCUCCGGUCCCAGCCGCGCCCGCCGCCUCGCCUCCUCCGCCUCGGCCGCGUCCCGACUCCGGGGCUCGCCCGGCCACUCGGAGGGUCCCCCCGAAGCCGGCUCCGGCUCCCCGCAGCGCCGCCCGGCUCCAGCCCCGGGGAAGGUAGCAGCGGGCGAGCGCGCCCUCGCCCCCACCCCCCAAGCCCCACGCCCCAGCCCCGCGCGGAGACCAAGGACCGGGAAGAUGAACGGCGGCGGCAAAGCCGAGAAGGAGAACACCCCGAGUGAGGCCAACCUUCAGGAGGAGGAGGUCCGGACCCUAUUUGUCAGUGGUCUACCCCUGGACAUCAAACCCCGAGAGCUCUACCUGCUCUUCAGACCAUUCAAGGGCUAUGAGGGUUCUCUUAUAAAGCUCACAUCUAAACAGCCUGUAGGUUUUGUCAGUUUUGACAGUCGUUCGGAAGCAGAAGCUGCAAAGAACGCUUUGAACGGCAUCCGCUUCGAUCCUGAAAUCCCGCAAACACUACGACUAGAGUUUGCUAAGGCAAACACGAAGAUGGCCAAGAACAAACUCGUAGGGACUCCAAACCCCAGUACGCCUUUGCCCAACACUGUACCUCAGUUCAUUGCCAGAGAGCCAUAUGCGCUGGCUCCCUCCCUCCGAGGCUACUUCCCAGGGCUGGAAGUCCCGGCAGUUCUGCUGAGGUGGUGCUCGAAAACACCUUGCCCAGUUUUGAUCCCUUCAAGACUUCGCCACAGCCUCUAUCACACAUCUGUUUUCCUCAAAGAAAAAAAUAUAUAUAAUAAAAUGUGUUUUACUCUUUUACACUGUAUAAUUUUAAGAAAUAUGUGUUAUUUGUGAAUGCAUGGUCUGACAUUUCUGUACAGUUUGGAGACAUAUAGAACAAAGGCAUCAGUAAAAUGCAAGACAGUUAGUAUUUUUAUAACAGACAUUUUAAGUGUGGAAGGAUGGAAACUUAUACUAGGUUAGAUAAUGACUUCUGCGCUUGGUUUUUGAAUGCUUUUAAUGGUGUUUAUCUUGUUUUUCUUACGAAAUAAGCUGCAUGUUUGAGGCAUGUCUCUAAAUAGCAUCAAAGUUUCCACGGUUGUGUUGUGAGUGUGUGGACUCCAUCUGCCUGGCAUAUUCGUAACAUGGUGUAGACAUGAGCUUCUGCAGUAUUAGCUCCGUAAUCCUGCCUCCCAGGGAUCUCCCUGCAAGACAAUCAGUGCCCCCAAGAGCAUCUGCUAUCAUAGUAUAUUCACAACUGGGAAAAGACUACUUAGGUAAUGCCUCCUGAGCAUGGUGCACCAUCUGAAAUUCAUGGCAGCUCUGGCUGCAACUAUUCUAACUGUGCCAAGUAGCGUAUUGCCAUUUUAUACUUAUAUUUAUUCUUACCAUUUAUGAGCACCUUCAGAGCGUGUGACCUAAUAUACCACUCAGCUUCCAUAAAUUGUUCCCACUUCCCCAGUGGAACAGUAAGGUCCACCUCACUAAGUGGAGGGACCAUGGUUUGGAGGCAAACAUGGCCACAGUAGGAGCAGGCUUUGCCCAACCCAGGCUGCUAUGGGCAUCACAUCUCUCUCAAGUGAUUCAGCAAAGCACUGGCCUACCUGAGCUGCUGUGCUAUAGUCUGGCAGCUGUGUCAGAUACACCGUCCAUCACAUUCUCUGGAUCACUGUGUGUGCAUCUUGAGACUACCUAGCAUUGCACAGGGCGGGACAAGUAACCGUGGCCAAUUUGCAAUGAAAGCUGUUACCUUUGCUUCAAGACUUCAAAUCCCAGAGUCAGUCUUGUGUUGUAUGCCAACACAUUUUCAGAGGCUGUGACAGCACAGGUUCUCCCGCUCCUCAGACAAGAGCCAUGUGUAAGACUAUAUUGACCUCAGAAUUCCCAGCUGCUGAUACAGCUAGACAUAAUCACAAUCUUUGUAUCUUUGUUAUUGAUCUGCUUGUGUUGUUUUGAAAAAGUCAUGUUUUAAUGAUUAUAUCAAUGGUUGGGGGGUUCAUUAUUUUUCUUUAGAAAUAAAAAUGUCAAGUUUUUAAAGGUUAUUAAAAAGAGAAGCGCCAAGGCCUGCAGUAAAGGCCUUUUCACUAUGAACUAGAGUAAAGGGGGCAGGCAGCCCCUGAGGACAUAGACAUCCACGUUGGUGCUCAGGAACUGCUCAUGCCCUCAGAACCAUUGGCUGUGAGACUCCUCUAUUUGCUUUAAAGAGAGCUACUUCACCAUCGAUUAUGCUUUUAUAAAUUGUGUAAAGGUACUUUUCUAUUGUUGUUUUUAAAAAAAAAACAAUAAAGUUUAUCCCAGCUAUUA